AUGGUUCCUCAGCUGUCUCCCGUUGAUACGCCGGUCGCUGAGCACAAGCAGGGGUGCCUUGGCCAGCUGGAACUCUUUCCACACCUCACGAACGCAGAGUUCGAUGAAGCAUGCAGCACAUUGCUGAGAAGGUUCGAGAUGCAUGGGCGUCGCCAGGUGGAGUGGAAUGCAGUGGAAAGUCUAUCCUCGAGUGAGACCACGUACUUGAGAAUCACCAAACCACUAGCUUUGCAGCUAGACCUACCAGGUACUGGCGAUGACAACGAGGAGGCCGAGCUGAGAGAAGACGACGACGAGGUCGCUGAGACUCCAGCCUCGUCUCGAGCUGUCAGUCACUACGAUGUCGUGCUCUCACCCGCGUAUCGAGUUCCUGUUUUGUACUUCUCCAUCUCAGACACGCUGCACCGCUAUCCGCCGACCAUGGAGAUGCUGUACUCUGCAUUGGUACCACCAGCCUUCAAAGCUCAGGCUGAGCAUGUGGGCGUAAUUGGUGGUAUUACAAUUACCGACCAUCCGGUUACAAACAAGCCAGUGUUCUUCAUUCAUCCUUGCCGUACAGCCGAAGUCAUGGAGGCCAGUGUCGGUGGACGAAACAUCACCGCGUACGACUACCUGCUGCUGUGGAUAGGAGCGUUUGGAAAGUGCGUGGGGCUGAACGUCCCUCUGACAUUGGUUGAUCGAAAGAAUGACUGA